AUGGCCAAAAAAUAUUUAUAUAUGCAGCAUGCUCCAAUCUUUCCCCAGAAGCCAUUCGAUGAAUCAUUUGCAAGCUCUAAGAAGCAAAGUUGGGCCUGGAAAUAUUUUAGAAGAGAAAAGGAUAAUAUUGAAAUUAAAUUUGGAGUUUGUAAUGUAACUGAUAAAUCAG